AAGCUGCCACCGCCAGCCAGUCGGUCGCCCUAUCUCGAACCUGCGAACCCCCAUCCAUUGAUACCCCCGCCAUGUCAUCCCGAGCUUGCUGCUCCGGCCUACCGGCGGCGCCGAAUCAUAAGAUCCAUCGAAGGAGCCCUCCUCGGCUCGCCUCUCCUGGCACCAGCAGCCGCCUUCCUCCUCCCCUCUGCUGUACCGGCGGGCGGGCUCGGGCACUUGUCUCUUGUUGUUCAGUUCCCAGGAGGAAUGUACUGUCCACACUCCUAUCCGCAUCAACAGUCCUGCUUCUCGGGCGAAAAAAGAUCGGCCUAGCUGAGACCACUGGCGGUGCAUUCAGGGAAUACAUCGACACCUUCGACGGCUACUCAUUCCUGUACCCAAAAGGCUGGAUCCAGGUCAAAGGAGCCGGCGCGGACAUAUUCUUCAGAGACCCAGUCCUCCUCGAUGUGAACAUGUCCGUCGAUAUAUCAUCCCCUUCAUCGUCAAACUACCAAACCGUCGAGGAUCUAGGCCCUCCUGAGAAGGCUGCUGAUGCAGUUCUCAAGCAGUACUUGACAGAGUUCAUGUCGACCAGGCUAGGCGUUCGACGUGAGUCGAAUGUCUUGUCCGCAUCGUCUAAGGUUGCUGAUGAUGGCAAGCUCUACUACCAAGUUGAGGUGAACAUAAAGUCAUAUGCAAGCAACAAUGAGCUAGCAGUGAUGCCGAAAGACAGGGUGCAAAGGUUGGAGUGGGAUCGACGAUACUUGACCGUCCUUGGUGUCGAGAACAAUCGGCUCUACGCACUCCGGCUGCAGUCACCAGAGCGGGUGCUCCUGGAAGAAGAGGGAGACCUGAGGAGAGUCAUGGACUCCUUCAGGGUCAACAAGACGGAAUUGUAGCAAGAUGUAGGGUGAACAGCAGCAGCAACCAAUGCUUUGUCAGCAUGAACAACGGUAGUUUUACAUGCCGAUGCAUUGGUUGCUUUGUCAGCUUGAGGCACAGAAUUUUGUACAGCCGAUGCAUUCUUUAUUCCCUGCGAAUAUCCUUUUUUCUUUCUUGUAACAGAUUGUAUGUCCGUCAUAAUAUGCAAAAUUAGAAUUGCAGAAUUGAUGUCAA